GUUCAACCCGGAGAUCCGGAAAUCCAACCCGACCCGGUUUCUGAUAAACCCUCUGAAAUUUCAGUUAGGGUUUUGUUUCAGCUUCGUUUGCCACCUGCUUCGUCUCUACAAUGGGUUCCAAGAACAAAGCCAAAAAACUGAAAGACAAAAGUGAAGUGAAAACGGGCGUGAAAAUGGAGAAGGAGGAAGCUAAAGAACACAUUGGGACCUUGAAACAACUUCAAGAGAAGGAUCCUGAAUUCUAUGAAUUCUUGAAAGAACAUGACAAGGAGCUUUUGGAAUUUGACGAAGAGGACCUGGAUGAUAAUCUUCAAACUGACGCAGAAGAUGAUGAAGAAGAAGUUGAUGACGAUUUUGCAGAGUAUAGUGAUCCUGAAACUGCAACGGAAGAAGAACCUUUGAAAAAUGUGAUAACUAGCGCUAUGGUUGAUUCUUGGAUUGAUGCAGUCCGUGCUGAGGCUAAAUUAGCAGCUGUUCGUUCCCUUCUGAAAGCUUUUCGCAGUGCUUGUCACUAUGGUGAUGAUAGUGGUGAUGACCCUACCGCAAAGUUUAGCACCAUGUCUAGCAGCGUUUUCAAUAAGAUAAUGUUGUUUGUCUUGAAUGAAAUGGAUGGGAUUCUUCGAGGAAUUUUAAAAUUUCCCGCCACUGGGGGUAAAGAAGAGAUGGUUAAGGAGCUUAUGGCUACGAAGCGAUGGAAAAAAUACAAUCUUUUGGUGAAGUCAUAUCUUGGAAACGCUCUACAUACUUUGAACCAAAUGACUGAUAAUGAAAUGAUAGCAUUCAUGUUAAGGCGUCUGAAGUACUCAUCCGUAUUUCUGGUUGCUUUUCCCGCACUUUUAAGGAAGUACACUAAGGUUGCACUUCAUUUCUGGGGUACUGGAAGUGGUGCACUACCAGUUGUCUCCUUUUUGUUCUUAAGAGACUGUUGCAUACGGCUUGGUUCAGACUGUUUGGAUGAUUGCAUUAAAGGAAUGUAUAAAGCCUAUGUCUUAAAUUGCCACUUUGUCAAUUCGACAAAAUUGCAGCAUAUUCAAUUUCUCGGUAAUUGCUUCACUGAACUUCUUCGGGUGGACAUUCCUGCUGCAUAUCAGCAUGCUUUUGUUUAUAUUCGGCAGUUAGUAAUGAUAUUGAAGGAAGCACUCUUUUCUCCAACAAAAAAGAAGAAAAACAAUAGUAAAGGGAAGGAUGAACCUCCCAAGAAAGAUAAGGGGAAAGAAGCACCUUCCAAUUCCACAAAAAAGGACAUAUUUCGAAAGGUUUAUCAGUGGAAGUAUAUAAAUUGCCUGGAGCUCUGGACUGGAGUUGUUUGUGCAUAUAGCACAGAAGCUGAUUUGAGACCGCUUGCAUAUCCUUUGACACAGAUCAUAACUGGGGUAGCUCGUUUAGUUUCCUCAGCUUGUUAUUUCCCACUUAGAUUGCGUUGUGUAAGAAUGCUCAAUCGGAUCAGUGCAUCAACGGGUUCAUUUAUUCCUGUUUCUCUGCUUCUGCUGGACUCGCUAGAAUUUAAAGAAUUGCGUAAACCUCCUACUGGAGGAGUGGGCAAAGCUGUUGAUUUGUUCUCUAUUCUAAAGGUUAGCAAAUCUACCUUGAAAACCCGAGCAUUUCAGGAGGCUUGUGUUUUCUCUGUAGUUGAGGAACUCACCGAGCAUCUAGCUCAGUGGAGUUACUCUAUUGCGUUCUUGGAGUUGUCUUUUAUUCCUAGUGUGCGGUUGCGGAACUUCUCUAAAUCCACGAAGGUUGACAGGUUUCGUAAAGAAAUCAGGCGUCUCACUCGUCAGAUUGAUGCGAACUCUGAUUUUGUAAAUAAGAAGCGGACAACAGUUUCACUCUUGCCAAAUGAUCCAGCGGCUGAAUCUUUCCUUGAGGAAGAGAAAAAGUCAGGCACAAGCCCCCUGUCCCAGUAUGUUGCUACACUACGCCAAAGAGCACAGGAAAGGAGCGGUGCUUUGACGGAAUCCAGUGUGCUUAUUGGAGAUCAAUCAUCCAAAUUCGGGAGCAAGAUAUCAAGUGACGAUGAGCAUGAUGAUUCUGAAAUGGAAGAAAAUGCCGGUGUUUUGCUCUCUGAUCACUAUUCUAAGCAACAUAAAAAUGUCAAAAAGAAGAGUACUGAACAUACAGAAGAGAUAGCUUUGGAUGAAGAUAUCGUUGAGGACUUGGUUCUCAGCUCUGAUGAAGACGUUCCGUUGAGCGACAGUCUUGAGGGAGAUGAUGACGAGUCUGACGGCCAGCAGGAACGGAGCAGCAAGAAACGGAAACAUGGUGCGGAUAUGCACAAAGGGAAACAAAACUUUGGAAAUAGAAAGUCGAAGAAGAAGAAGAGGAUGCAUGGCAGGUAAAACUUAGUUUGUAUACAUCGUUGUUCAGGCUGUGUAACACCAAUUUUGAUAUUGAUUGGGAUUGCUCGGACGGCCCCUACCUCUAAUCCAUAUACAAAUAUUUGUUGAAAUUUGAAUGCAUAUUCUCUGUUUGGUUCUCAAAAAAGAAAAA